UGGGGCGGUGGAGUGCGGCGCGGUGCGCGGGUGGUGGCGCCGCUCCUCCCUGGCAGUAGGCAGCGAGCCCGGCCCCGCCGCGCCUCUUCCUCCUUCUCCUCCUUCUUGCUGGUGCUUCUGCUCCUACCGCUGCUGCUGCUGCUGGUACCGCUGUCGCCGCGCGGGGCCGUGGUGGCGGCCGCGGAGCUUUGAGCACCAGCUGAAGAGCGUGGCCCUCCGCUCGCUUUGCUCCAGAGGGGAGAGCGGGGAGUCGCGGCGGCCAUGGGCAACGAGGCGAGCUUGGAAGGAGGCGAAGGGCUCGAAGGGGCGGCGGCGGCCGGGGAUGGCGGCGGCCCCGCGGCUCCUUCGCAGAGCCUGGUCCCGGCCGGCGUGGAGGCGGACCUGAGCCAGCUGAGCGAGGAAGAGAGGAGACAGAUCGCCGCUGUCAUGUCAAGGGCGCAGGAGCUGCCCAGAGGGAACCUCGCCGGCGCGGAGCCGCCUCCCAUGCAAAGACAUUCUGAUCUUGAUACAACCCAGCGUCCAAGACAACCAGGUAAGCCUCCAGAUCCAGGACCAGGUUUAAGUAAAAGCAGAACAGUAGAUGCAUUGAAGACAGAACAACGGGCACCUGGACGGAGUCCCUCUUCAAUAAGUCUAAGGGAAUCAAAGUCCAGGACUGAUUUUAAAGAAGAUCAGAAGCCAAGUAUGAUGCCCAGUUUUCUCUCAGAAGCCAAUCCAUUGAGUGCAGUCACUUCAGUUGUGAAUAAAUUCAAUCCUUUUGAUUUGAUAUCAGAUUCAGAUGCAGCCCAUGAAGAAGCUGGUAGGAAACAAAAGGUUACCCAGAAAGAGCAGGGGAAACCUGAGGAGCAGAAGGGUCUUGCGAAACAUCCAUCUCAACAACAGUCUCCAAAGCUAGUUCAACAACAAGGACCUGCCAAACCUACCCCUCAGCAAAUUGAGUCUUCCAAACCAGUGCCUCAGCAGCAGCAACCUGGGGAACCAAAGCAAGUUCAGAAGCCAGGCCCUAGUCACCUAGGAGACUCUAAGGUUGAACAAGCAAAACAAGCACCCCAGCCACGAGGACCACAAAAAUCUCAGCUCCAGCAGCCAGAGCCAACAAAGCCUGGUCAGCAACAAACUUCUGCAAAAGCUUCAGCGGGCCCAGUAAAGCCAUUGCCACAUCAACCAGAUAGUGCUAAAACAUCAUCCCAGGCACCACCUCCCACAAAACCAUCAUCACAACAGUCAGGACCUGUAAAACAACCAUCUCAACAGCUGGCAAAGCAAGGAGGUCCUGUAAAGCCAUCUGCUCAGCAAGCAGGGCCUCCUAAACAGCAACCUGGAUCUGAAAAGCCAACUGCACAGCAGACAGGACCUGCAAAACAACCACCACAACCUGGAGCAGGAAAACCACCACUGCAGCAACAAGGGCCUGUAAAACAAGGACCACCACAGGCAGGGCCUACAAAACCAUCUUCUCAGACUUCAGGUGCCACAAAGUCCUUAGCAGAAAAACCGGGACUUACAAAGCCACCAGGCCAGCAACAAGGACCUGAAAAGCCUUUGCAGCAAAAGCAAGCCAGCACAGCCCAACCUGUGGAAUCCACCCCAAAGAAAACCUUUUGUCCUCUUUGCACUACCACUGAGCUGCUGCUGCACACACCAGAAAAGGCCAAUUACAAUACAUGCACACAGUGUCAUACUGUAGUCUGCAGUCUGUGUGGGUUUAAUCCUAACCCACAUAUAACAGAGAUUAAAGAAUGGCUCUGUUUAAACUGCCAGAUGCAAAGAGCAUUAGGUGGGGACCUAGCAUCAGGUCACGGUCCUGGGCCACAGCUGCCUCCACCCAAACAGAAGACACCAACUCCAUCUUCAACAGCUAAGCCUUCUCCUCAGUCACAGCCGGGCCAAAAGAAGGAUGCUUCCCCAAAACCUGAUCCUUUGCAGCAAGCAGACUCUAAAAAGCCUGUACCACAGAAAAAGCAACCAUCCAUGCCUGAGUCUCCCCCUGUAAAAUCAAAGCAAACACAUACUGAGCCCUCUGGUAAUGGCCAGCAAAUAGACUCUACUUCAAAGUCUGAUCAGGCCAAACCAAUGCAGGCUGAAGAGAAGCAAAAACAACCCAGUAUACAGAAGCCUACAACGGACACUGUGCCUACCUCUGCAGCUCCAGGGGUGAAACAGGAUUUGGCAGAUCCCUGGCCUCCAUCAGCUCAACAGAAAGUGACAGAUUCCCCAAAGCCAGAGACUACCAAGCCACCAGCAGACAUGCAUCCAGCUGGAGACAAACCAGAUUCCAAACCGCUUCCACAAGUGUCUCGGCAAAAAUCAGAUCCCAAGCUUGCAUCUCAGUCUGGGGCUAAAUCAGAUGCUAAAACUCAGAAGCCCGUUGAGACGGCACAAGUGAAAGAUGAUCCUAAGAAGUUACAAACAAAACCAGCCCCAAAACCUGAUACCAAACCUGCUCCCAAAGGCCCUCAGACAGGGACAGGUCCCAGGCCUAUGUCAACACAGCCAGCACCCCAACCCCAGCAGCCUCAAAAAACUCCCGAGCAAUCCAGGCGUUUCAGCCUUAAUCUUGGAGGCAUCACUGAUGCUCCUAAGCAUCAGCCUACAACACCGCAGGAAACAGUUACUGGGAAACUUUUUGGAUUUGGAGCUUCAAUCUUCAGCCAGGCCUCAAGUUUAAUUUCCACAGCUGGUCAGCCAGGCUCACAGACAUCAGGUCCUGCUCCACCUGCUGCAAAGCAGCCCCAACCUCCUUCACAUCCUCCAGCCUCUCAGGCACCCCCCAAAGAGGCCCCUCAAGCUCAGCCUCUUCCAAAAGCUGCUCCCACAAAGAAAGAAACCAAGCCUCUUGCAAGUGAAAAAUUGGAACCGAUGGCUGCAGAUAGUUCUUUAACAACUAAGGGAUCUGAUUUAGAAAAGAAACCUAGUUUGGCUAAAGAUAGCAAGCCUCAGGCUGCUGAAGCUAAGAAACCUGCUGAGCUGUCAGCAGAGGAAAAAGACAGCCAGCCCAAGGUGUCUUGUCCCCUUUGUAAAACUGGACUAAAUAUUGGUUCUAAGGAUCCUCCCAACUUUAAUACAUGUACAGAGUGCAAGAAAGUUGUAUGCAACCUCUGUGGAUUUAACCCAAUGCCACACAUAGCUGAGGUACAGGAAUGGCUGUGCUUAAACUGUCAGACCCAAAGGGCAAUGUCAGGACAACUUGGGGAUAUGGGCAAGGUGCCACUUCCAAAACUAGGCCCUUCACAACCAGUAUCCAAACCACCUGCAACUCCUCAAAAACAGCCUGUGCCUGCUGUCUCACAUUCCCCACAGAAGACUUCCACACCGCCUACUCCAGCAGCUACAAAAUCUAAAGAAGAACCAAGUGUUCCAAAGGAAGUUCCAAAAUUUCAGCAAGGGAAACUGGAAAAAACAUUGUCAGCUGAUAAAAUCCAGCAAGGAAUUCAGAAAGAAGAUGCAAAAUCUAAGCAGGGCAAACUUUUCAAGACACCUUCAGCUGAUAAAAUACGUGUCUCCCAGAAGGAAGACUCAAGACUCCAGCAAACAAAACUGACAAAGACACCAUCAUCUGAUAAAAUUUUGCAUGGAGUUCAGAAGGAAGACAUAAAACUUCAAGAGGCAAAAUUGGCGAAGAUACCUUCAGCUGAUAAAAUUUUACAUGGAGUUCAGAAAGAAGAUCCAAAACUACAACAGAUGAAAAUGGCAAAGGCACUAUCAGCUGACAAAAUACAACCUGCAGCUCAGAAAGAGGAUGUACAACUUCAGGGAGUUAGAUUGUCCAAGACAGUCUCAGCUGAUAAAAUUCAACAUGGAAUUCAGAAAGAUCUAAAUCUUCAAGAUGUGAAAAUUGAAAAAACUUCUGCAGUGGAGACAAUCCAACAAGAAGCUCAAAAAGAAUCAAAACUUCAGCAAGAAAAGCUUCCAAAGACACUUUCAGAAGAUAAAAUUCCCGCAACAGUAAGUUCAGAUCAAAAGAAACAUUUAAGCAAAUCUGAGGAAGAUAAAAAACCUGAGCUCCUGGAAAAAAGUACUCCACACCCAAAGGACAAAAAAGAGCAAAUUACAGCUGAGACAACAGAACGUGUUACUGAGCAGAAAAUGGAAGUUGAAGCACCUUGUGACAAACUGCAUGAAAAGAAACAAGAGGAUGUUAAGAAAGAGGAUUUGACAACUGGAAUUCCACAGAUGGUUUCAAAAACUGAAAAAGUGGAGGAAGAAAAAACUCCUGUUCCAGUGUCACGACUGCCAAGAUCUGAUCAUGUGGAAGCAGUGAGAGAAAAAAUAGAAAAGGAGGAUGACAAAACAGACACAUCAAGCUCUCAGCAACAGAAAAGUCCACAAGGUCUGAGUGACACCGGGUAUUCUUCUGAUGGGAUAUCAAGUUCACUUGGUGAAAUUCCAAGUCAUAUCCCCAGUGAUGAAAAGGACUUACCCGGAGAACCUAGUCAGAAAGACACCAUUUCACAAGAAAGUCCUCCAAGCCCCUCAGAUCUAGCUAAACUAGAAAGUACUGUUCUUUCUAUUUUGGAAGCUCAGGCAAGUACACUUGCUGAUGAAAAAUCUGUGAAAAGGAAAGAACUUCAUGAAACAUACAGUGAACAGACAAAGGAUCAGCACAAAACAAAGCCUUUGCCAGUCACUCCAGAGUCUUACAGUUCAGAUGAGGAAGACUUAGUAGCUAUUCAAGAAGGUGAAAGAACCAUUGCAGCUGAUAGCAAAGGAGGUGCUUCAUCCCUAACUGACUACAAGGAAGAAGAUGGAGGAGAUGACAUACUGGCAAGAAGACAACGCUAUGAUUCUGUGGAAGACAGCAGUGAGAGUGAAAACUCACCUGUACCAAGGAGAAAGAGAAGAGCUAGUGUUGGUUCUUCCAGUAGUGAUGAGUACAAACGAGAUGACAGUCAGGGAUCUGGUGAUGAGGAAGACUUCAUUAGGAAACAAAUUAUAGAGAUGAGUGCUGAUGAAGAUGCCUCAGGUUCUGAAGAUGAUGAAUUCAUUAGAAAUCAACUCAAAGAGAUCAGUGUAACUGAAAGCCAAAAGAAAGAAGAAGUGAAAAGCAAAGCCAAAGGAGCAGCAGGAAAACACAGGAGAAUGGCACGGAAAAGUACUGCAGGCUACGAUGAGGACACAGGCAGACGGCAUUCAUGGCAUGAUGAUGAUGAUGAGACUUUUGAUGAAAGCCCAGAGCCAAAAUACAGGGAAACUAAAAGUCAGGAUGGUGAAGAACUCACUAUAAGUGGAGGAGGAGGCCUUCGGCGUUUCAAAACAAUAGAAUUAAAUAGUACAAUAACAAGCAAAUAUUCUGAGACACCUGAACAACAGAAGGGUAUUUUGUAUUUUGAUGAAGAGCCUGAGCUAGAGAUGGAGAGUCUUACAGAUUCACCUGAAGAUAGAUCUAGAGGAGAAGGAUCUUCUAGUUUACAUGCUUCAAGUUUCACACCAGGUACAUCACCUACUUCAGUGUCAUCACUCGAUGAAGACAGUGACAGCAGUCCAAGUCACAAAAAACUAGGAGGGGAGAGCAAACAGCAGCGCAAAGCUAGGCAUCGGUCUCAUGGUCCUCUUCUUCCAACUAUUGAAGAUUCUUCAGAAGAAGAAGAACUACGGGAAGAGGAAGAACUGCUAAAGGAACAAGAGAAACAGCGUGAGUUAGAACAGCAACAAAGAAAAAGUUCUAGCAAAAAAUCUAAAAAGGACAAGGAUGAACUGAGAGCUCAGAGAAGAAGAGAACGUCCAAAGACUCCUCCAAGUAAUCUUUCCCCCAUUGAAGAUGCUUCUCCAACAGAAGAGUUACGACAGGCAGCAGAAAUGGAAGAGCUGCACAGAUCUUCCUGUUCGGAGUACUCACCUAGUAUUGAAUCAGAUCCUGAAGGAUUUGAAAUCAGCCCAGAAAAAAUAAUAGAAGUACAAAAAGUUUACAAAUUGCCUACUACUGUCUCUCUAUACUCACCAACAGAUGAAAAACUAAUUGGAGUCUUAAAAGAGGAAAGUGGUCAAAAGACACUGAAAAGCGCUGAAGAGGUGUAUGAGGAAAUGAUUCACAAGACCCACAAGUCCAAGUCUUUUCAAAUUGCAAGUGAAAAAGAUGAAGUGUUUGAAAAAGAGUCUUUGUAUGGUGGAAUGCUAAUAGAGGAUUACAUUUAUGAGUCUUUAAUAGAGGAUACUUACAAUGGAACUGUUGAUACUAACCUUGCAAUGAAACAAGAUGAGAGUAAUGAAUAUAUACAGCAGAGAGGAAAAGAGAAAAAAAUCAGAGCUUCAGAACAGAUCUAUGAUGAACAACAGAAAAUUACUGAUCUACAGGAAGACUAUUACAGUGUAGAGCCUUUAUGUUCAAUUGUGCCUCAAGAAGAUAUUGUUUCUAGCUCUUAUAUUAUUCCAGAAAGUCAUGAAAUAGUUGUAUUAGACAGCACAGUAACUUCCACCACUGAAGAAAAGCAGUUGUUAGAUGCUGAAGCUGCUUAUGAAGAGCUUAUGAAAAAACAAAAAAUGCAGCUAACUCCUGGGUCCAGUCCAACACAGCCAACUUCAGAUUUUGCUCCUGCACCUGAUAUGAAAGUGUCUAGUACUGGAGAAAUAGCGGAUAGCAUAUCUUUAACAUCAAGCACCACUUCAGCAAUCUCAGAUGUAUCAUCUCUCAGUAGCAUAGCACUUUCUAUUCCAGAUGUUAAAAUAACACAGCAUUUUACAGCAGAGGAAAUCGAAGAUGAAUACUUAACAGAUUAUGCUAGAGAAAUUCAAGAAAUAAUUUCUCAUGAAACAUCGAUGUUGACAUACUCUGAGAUAUCAGAAGGUGCUGUAUCAAUUUUACCUUCUGAUACAGCUUCCUUAACAUCAUCUACAUCUUCUGUUUGUACCACAGACAGUUCAUCACCUAUAGAUAGUGCAACCACAGGUUAUGUAGAUACAGCAGAUGCUGUAAGUAAACUAGCAGAUUCUGAAGACAUGAUAGCCCAAGUUCCCUUUACUUCUACAGAAGAGUACUCUGAAGUGUGCAUGCCUUAUGAAUCUCUUGCUGGAGCCACUACAAAGCCAUCGAUGGUCUCAGAUAUGGAUACUGUGCAUCAAGCUGCAGUUUGUUUACCUGAAACUGCACCCUCAGUAUUCACCACUACAGUUAUAAAACCCAAGCAAUAUGCAGCUGAUACCAUUACUUAUGAUGUCUCCACAGCAGAAAAGGAUGGAGCUAGAAAAAUGAAAAGUACAGUAGAGGCUGGCAUUAUCAAAAUUCAUCGUGAAGAUUCACACAAAGAAUUGAGUCUUGAUAUGACAAAGAUUAACUUGACUGGUGCUACAUCUGAGCAACCACCCCUAUGUGUAGCAUCAGUUUCAGUUAAAGAGCCUGCAUCAGAAACACCUUCUGUACCUACACCCAGAGUUGUAAGUAAGACCAGCAUGGUCUCCAUGCCUUCCUCAGCUCCUGCUCUAACAUCCAAAGUGUUUUCACUUAUUAGAAGCUCUUCUUUGGAUUCUCCUGCACAACCUUCUCCACCCCCACCUCCUCCACCACCACCUCCUCCUCCACCGCCAUUACCUCCACCUAUUUUACCCAAACCAGCCAUUUAUCCCAAAAAGAAGUCACAGGUUCAGGCUCCCAUGGCAAUAGCUCCCACAGCGGUACCUUUAGUCACAAGUGUUGCUACACUGGAAUCUACAGCUGUAGUAAAAAAUCAUGUGGUACCUAUCACAAAAACUUGCACCCCAACACCACCUCCUGUACCACCCAAGCCGUCCUCCAUUCCAGCAGGGCUUGUUUUCAGUCACAGACCCACUGAAGUAACUAAACCUCCAAUUGCUCCUAAGCCAGCAGUUCCUCCACUCCCUAUAGCUGUUCAUAAGCCAGCGGAAAUACAGCCCAAACCAAUAGGUCUGUCACUGACGUCCAGUAUGACUCUGAAUUUGGUCUCUUCAGCUGAAUACAAAAUAGCAUCUCCCACAUCCCCUUUGUCUCCACACUCUAACAAAUCUUCACCAAGGUUGACAAAACCCUCACAGGAAACCUAUGUUGUCAUCACAUUGCCAUCUGAGCCUGGAACUCCCACAGAAGCUAUCACUAGUCAGGCUGUUACCAGCUGGCCUUCAGAAGAAGCUUCUAAAGAACAGAUUCCCCAGCCUAUGCAACCAAUUUUUACUUCAUCCAUGAAAGCUGUGGAAAUCCAAGGUAUGGCAGAUCAGAGUAUGUAUGUUGCAGGUGCUUUGCAAACUAUUCCUAUCACUACACAAUCAACUUUUGAAAAAGUACCUAGUUCAAUAUCAGAAGCAGUAACAACAGAGGUAGCCAAGACCACAGCAUCUGUAGUGAAGCGCCCAGUGCCCAGUGUUGGUUUAGGCAGUGUCGCUAUAACUAUACCUCCCGAGCCAAUAUAUAUAUCAGACCAACCCAGGUAUAGAGAGAAUGGAAGAUUCCAUCCUUUGGGUGAUGUCAUUGAUCUUCGCACUUUAACUAAGAUGGAUGUUGAAAUGAGAGACAGCUGUAUGGAUCUCUCUGCUGUUUCCAUGGAUGUUAGAAGGCAAAUGCCAGCAAGUGAUACAUCUGGGAGGCCAGUAAGUACUGUUCAGCCAGCUAUAAUAAAUCUUAGUACUGCAUGUAUUGCAGAUCCUUCUCUGUCUAUAGUCACUGAGACAGUUGCUGUCAUGACCUGUACUGCCACUGUAAGCUACUCUCCCAGCACAGACAGCCUUGUGGAUCUGGGACAUGCAAUGACAACUCCACUGCAGCUAACAACAUCAAAACAUUUUGAGCCUGCCUACAAAGUAACAAGCAGCCAGCCCUUCCCUGUAAGUAGAGAUGAAGUGCCAAUAAAUUUAUCCCUAGGUACUUCAGCACAUGCAGUGACAUGGGCUGCUACAAAGCCUGUUACUGUACCACCUGUUAGUGUCACAAAUGGUUGGACUGAUCUCUCCACUUCUCAGGAGCCAAUGGAGAUUGGAGCAGUUGACCUCAGCACUACAAAAUCUCACAGAACAGUUGUAACAAUGGAUGAAACUACUUCAGGUAUCAUAACUACAGUAAUAGAAGAUGAUGAAAAGCCUGUGGACCUGACUGCAGGGAGAAGAGCUGUCUGCUGUGAUAUGGUUUAUAAACUGCCAUUUGGUAGAAGCUGUACUGCACAGCAACCUCCAACUACACUUCCUGAGGAUCGCUUUGGUUACAGGGAUGACCACUAUCAAUAUGAUCGUUCAGGGUCAUAUGGCUACCGAGGAAUGGGAGGUAUGAAACCAUCUAUGUCUGACACAAAUUUAUCAGAAGCUGGACUGUUUGCAUAUAAAAGCAAGAAUAGCUUUGAUUAUCGAGUUGGGGCAACUGAUGCAGCAGUAGAUCUUACUUCUGGAAGAGUUACUUCAGGUGAGGUUAUGGAUUACUCAAGCAAGACCACUGGUUCUUACCCAGAGACUCGACAGGUAAUUUCUGGCAUCGGGAUCAGUACGCCACAAUAUUCCCAAGCAAGAAUGGUAUCAUCCCUCAGUUCCCCAUUUGGCACUGGAAGUGUUUUAAGAUCAUCCAAUGGUGUUGUUUAUUCUUCAGUAGCAACUCCAAUCCCAUCUACAUUUGCCAUCACUACACAACCUGGUUCUAUUUUCAGUACAACAGUCAGAGAUUUGCCUACUCUUCAAACAAUUGACUCAGUGCCCUCAUUAUCAACUUUGCAACAAAAUCAACCACUUCCAAGAUCGUACAGCUUCUUGACAACAAUGGCAGCUGAAAAAGAUGCAAGUACUACCCUUGAUAUUGAGACAGGCUUACAACCUCUUACUCUAGAAGCUAUUGCCACUGAGCCAACCAACUUAAUACCUGCUACUGCAUCUGAAGUUUAUACAGAUGUAAUUGAAGAUGAGGUUGCUCUUAUCAUUGCCCCUGAAGAAGGCAAACAGCAACAGCUUGAUUUGGAGCGUGAACUUCUUGAACUUGAGAAAAUUAAGCAACAACGCUUUGCUGAAGAGCUGGAAUGGGAACGUCAGGAAAUUCAAAGAUUUAGGGAACAAGAGAAGUUUAUGGUGCAAAAAAAGCUUGAGGAGCUGCAAUCCAUGAAACAUCAUCUCUUAUUUCAGCAAGAGGAAGAACGGCAAGCUCAGUAUAUUAUGAGACAAGAGACAUUAGCCCAGCAGCAGCUGCAACUUGAACAGUUCCAACAACUUCAACAACAGCUCCACCAACAGUUAGAAGAACAAAAAAUUCGACAAAUAUAUCAGUAUGGUUAUGACCCUUCAGGAACUGGCUCUCCACAAACAACCACAGAUCAAGCCCUUUUGGAAGGACAAUAUGCAACCACAGAAAACGGCCAGUUUUGGCCUACUGAUGAUGCAACCACUACAGCUUCAGGAGUGCUGGGUAUUGAAAUUCCACCAAGCCAAACAUGGUAUACAGUUCAGUCAGAUGGCAUUACCCAGUACAUACCUAGGUCUGGUAUCCUAAGCUCUGUUUCAGAAAUGUCUCUGAAGGAUAUUGAUGUUAGAGAAGAGAAGCAAUUGAAAAAGAGAAGUUCUAUGCCAAAAUUACGUGGUCCCUAUGAAGAGCUGGAGGAAUCUCUGGAAGAAGAGCCCCGGUGCUACAAAAAGAUAGUGGACAGUGGAGUGCAAACUGAUGAUGAAGACGGAGCAGAGAGAGGUUACACAAACAGGAGACGGAAAACUAAGAAGAGCGUUGAUACAAGUGUCCAGACGGAUGAUGAAGAUCAAGAUGAAUGGGAUCUUUCUAGCAGGUCUAGAAGAAAGCCUCGUGUAGGGAAAUACAGUGAGAGUACCACAGAGGCAGACAAAGCUAAACAGUUCUCCAAAGUGUCUAGUAUUGCAGUUCAGACAGUAGCAGAGAUUUCAGUACAAACAGAACCUGUAGGAACAAUAAGGACACCUUCAAUCAGGGCUCGAUUGGAUGCUAAGGUUGAAAUCAUAAAACACAUUUCAGCUCCAGAAAAGACGUAUAAAGGAGAAAGUUUGGGAUGUCAAACAGAGACAGAGUCAGACACUCAGAGUCCCCAGUAUUUGUCAGCUUCAUCCCCUCAGAAAGAUAAAAAACGCCCGACACCAUUAGAAAUAGGCUACUCAUCUCACCUUCGUCCGGACUCCACUCUGCAGGUAGUCCCUUCCCCUCCCAAAUCUCCCAAAGUUCUCUAUUCACCCAUUUCACCUGUUUCACCAAGUAAAGUUAUAGAGUCAGCAUUUGUACCCUAUGAAAAAUCCAUCACUGAUGACAUCAGCCCUCAGAAGAUGCUCCAUGCUGACAUUGCCAAGGUUCCUCCAUCAAGCCCAAAGGCAGCAAAGAUGAUGCAGCGCUCUAUGUCUGAUCCUAAGCCCCUGAGUCCCACAGCAGAAGACAGUUCCAGAGCUCAGUUUCAGUACACUGAGGGUUUCCUGACCAAAGGUUCUUCAAGUAUCACUCCAUCCGGCACUCAGAAGAAGGUGAAGAGGACUCUGCCCAACCCACCUCCAGAGGAAGCAACUGCAGGAACUCAGUCACCAUAUACUUCUGUGGGAUCAGUUUCACGCAGAAGGAUUUGUAGGACCACCACUAUGGCCAGAGCCAAAAUCCUUCAGGAUAUAGACAGAGAAUUGGAUCUGGUUGAACGGGAAUCAGCCAAGCUUAGAAAGAAGCAAGCAGAGCUAGAUGAGGAGGAAAAAGAAAUAGAUGCAAAAUUGAGGUACUUGGAAAUGGGCAUUAAUAGAAGGAAAGAAGCCUUAUUAAAAGAAAGAGAAAAGAGAGAGCGUGCCUAUCUCCAAGGAGUAGCAGAAGAACGUGACUAUAUGUCAGACAGUGAAGUUAAUAAUACCAGGUCAACCAGAAUAGAAACUCAGCAUGGCUUGGAAAGACCACGUACUGCACCCCAAACAGAAUUCAAUCAGUUUAUGCCACCACAAACCCAACCCGAGACACAGUUUGCCCCUGCUACAAGCCCAUAUGGUCAGUAUCAAUAUUCAUCUCCUGCUCUGCCUACUCAAGCACCAACUCAGUUCACACAGCAGUCACAUUACCAACAGCAGCAGCCUUUGUAUCACCAGCAGGUUUCCCCCUAUCAGACCCAAACAGCUUUCCAAACAGGAGCUACUAUGUCCUUUACUCCACAGGCUCAACCUCCACCAACUCAGCAGCCUUCCUAUCAACUCCCAUCACAGAUGAUGGUGAUACAGCCAAAGCCAAGACAAACUCCAUUAUAUUUGGAGCCUAAGAUAACAACAAACUAUGAUGUGAUUCGCAAUCAACCUCUCAUGAUAGCACCAGUUUCAACUGACAAUAACUAUGCAGUAUCUCAGCUGGGCAGUAAGUACUCUACCUUGGACUUAAGGAUAGGACUAGAUGAGAGAAACAGCAUAGCGAGCAGCCCUAUAUCAAGCAUAUCUGCAGAUUCAUUCUAUGCAGAUAUAGACCACCACCAUACACCCCGAAAUUAUGUGCUGAUUGAUGAUAUAGGUGAGCUUACUAAAGGAACAGGAGCACUUGGUUCUGGUUUUAGCCUCCAUGAAAAAGAUCUAACUAAAACAGAUCGACUGCUUCGCACUACUGAGGCCAGGAGAGCACAAGAAGUAUCAGACUUCCUAGCACCACUGCAGACUUCUUCUAGGUUACAUUCCUAUGUUAAAGCUGAUGAAGACCCAAUGGAGGACCCUUAUGAGCUCAAACUUCUGAAACACCAGAUAAAGCAGGAGUUCCGUAGAGGUGCAGAAAGUCUUGAUCAUUUGGCUGGCCUGUCACAAUAUUACCACCCGGAGGGCAGCUUCAGGCAUUUUCCCAAGUCUGAGAAAUAUAGCAUAGGUAGGCUUACCCUUGAGAAACAGGCUGCUAAGCAGCUUCCAGCAGCCCUCCUUUACCAGAAGCAGUCAAAACACAAGAAAGCUUUGAUAGACCCCAAACUAACAAAAUUUUCACCUAUCCAAGAAAGUAGAGACCUUGAGCCUGACUAUUCAACCUACAUGACUUCAUCAAGCACAUCAUCACUUGGGGGAAUUACUACUAGGGCAAGGCUUCUUCAGGAUGAUAUCACUUUUGGCCUUAGAAAAAACAUCACUGACCAACAAAAAUACAUGGGGUCACCACUAACUUCAUCCAUUGGUGCAGGCCUUGGGGCUGCACUAGGUCCAACAAUGAGAUCCACAUUACAAGAUGAAGCAGACAAGUCUUAUAGCAGUGGUAGUAGAUCUAGGCCCUCAUCCAGACCCUCCUCAGUUUAUGGGCUUGAUUUAUCUUUGAAAAGGGAUUCUUCCAGUUCUUCUUUAAGACUGAAAGCCCAAGAAGCUGAACCCCUAGAUGUUUCAUUUAGCCACGCAGCACCUUCUGGAAGAACAAAACCCACCAGUCUACCUAUUAGCCAAAGCAGGGGAAGGAUCCCAAUUGUAGCACAGAACUCAGAGGAAGAAAGCCCACUAAGUCCUGUUGGCCAACCAAUGGGAAUGGCAAGAGCAGCAGCUGGACCCUUGCCACCAAUAUCUGCAGAUACCAGGGACCAGUUUGGAUCAAGCCACUCAUUACCUGAGGUCCAGCAACAUAUGAGGGAGGAGUCACGGACUCGAGGCUAUGAUCGAGAUAUAGCCUUCAUCAUGGAUGACUUCCAGCAUGCCAUGUCAGACAGUGAAGCCUACCAUCUCCGUCGUGAAGAAACAGAUUGGUUUGACAAGCCCAGGGAAUCUCGUUUGGAGAAUGGACAUGGCCUCGACAGAAGGCUGCCCGAGAAGUUGUCCCACUCUCGACCACCAAGUCAGCACCAAGAUCAAAUAAGCUGCCAAAUAAAUGGGAAGCCCCUGCAGUACAUUUUCCCUCAUGCAAGGCUCAAACUACUGAGAGACCCGAAGGAUCACACAGUUUCAGGCAAUGGACUGGGAAUCCGAGUUGUAGGUGGGAAAGAAAUUCCAGGAAGCAGUGGAGAAAUUGGAGCGUACAUUGCCAAGGUCUUGCCUGGGGGCAAUGCAGAGCAGACGGGGAAGCUAAUAGAAGGAAUGCAGGUUCUGGAAUGGAAUGGCAUCCCCCUGACUGGAAAAACCUAUGAAGAAGUACAGAAUAUUAUUAUUCAACAGUGUGGGGAAGCAGAAAUAUGUGUAAGACUGGACCUGAAUAUGCUUUCUGAUUCUGAGAAUCCCCAGCACCUGGAACUACAUGAACCUGUUAAGGCAGUAGAUAAAGCGAAGUCCCCAGGGGUUGAUCCCAAGCAGCUGGCUGCAGAGCUCCAAAAGGUUUCCCUACAGCAGGCACCUCUGAUUGCCUCUGCGGGAGUAGAAAAGUCAUCACAUGUCCAUUCCGGAACCACUUCUGCCACUUCCAGCGCUGUUCCCAGCCCUGGCCAACCUGGUUCUCCCUCAGUCAGCAAAAAGCGACAUAGCGGCAAGCCCACUGAAGCUACAAAGUCUGCUUCUCAUCCCAUCACUGGAGAAAUUCAGCUUCAGAUCAAUUACGACAAACACCUUGGCAACCUUAUCAUUCAUAUUCUUCAGGCAAGAAACCUUGCUCCCAGAGACAAUAAUGGCUAUUCUGACCCCUUUGUUAAAGUUUAUCUUCUUCCAGGGAGAGGACAAGUCAUGGUUGUCCAAAAUGCAAGUGCUGAGUACAAGCGGAGAACUAAGUACGUACAGAAAAGCCUGAAUCCUGAGUGGAAUCAGACAGUCAUUUAUAAAAAUAUCUCCACGGAGCAGCUGAAAAAGAAAACACUAGAAGUAACUGUCUGGGAUUAUGAUAGAUUCUCCUCAAAUGACUUCCUUGGUGAAGUAUUGAUCGACUUGUCCAGUGUCUCUCAGCUUGACAACACUCCUCGGUGGUACCCCUUGAAAGAACAGAGUGAGAACAUUGAUCAUGGGAAAUCUCAUUCUGGACAGAAUAGCCAGCAAUCUCCAAAACCAUCUGUAAUCAAGAGCAGGAGUCAUGGAAUCUUCCCAGACCCUUCCAAGGACAUGCAGGUGCCCACCAUUGAGAAAUCCCACAGCAGUCCAGGGAGCUCCAAAUCUUCUUCUGAAGGACAUCUACGUUCUCAUGGGCCAUCCCGCAGCCAAAGCAAAACCAGCGUCACUCAAACCCACCUUGAAGACGCUGGGGCAGCCAUCGCUGCUGCUGAAGCAGCUGUCCAACAGCUUCGCCUUCAACCAACAGCACAUAAAAGCGGUCAAUCUAAUCAUGCCAGGAAGCAGCACAGACACAGCAUAGCAGGAGUCCUCCCUAUUCAAAGAACUCAGUCUGACAAUCUGCCUCCACCAGCCAAUGACAACAAAGACCAAAGUCAACUAGCCCUCAGGAAAGUGAUGUCUGAUGGACCAGUCAAGCCUGAAGGAGCAAGGUCUACUAACCACCGACCUGCAGAAAGUUCUGUCUCCACUGGCUCUUCAGUCAGUAGCUUUGGCAGUGGAUACAGCAUGGAUAGUGAAGGCAGCAGCAGUGCCACAGGAGAGAAUAAUCUGUUUCCCAUCCCAAGAAUAGGGAAGAUGAGCCAGAAUGGACAAGAACCAAUAAAGCAGACAGGAGCGGGAUUAACUGAUGCAGAAGGUAAAACACAAGUUAUGGGUGAAAUCAAGAUUGCAUUAAAAAAGGAAAUGAAGACAGAUGGAGAACAGCUGAUAGUAGAAAUCCUUCAGUGCAGAAAUAUCACAUAUAAAUUUAAAUCUCCAGAUCAUCUACCAGACCUCUAUGUGAAACUCUAUGUUGUCAACAUCUCUACCCAGAAGAGAGUAAUUAAGAAGAAGACCAGGGUAUGCAGGCAUGACCGAGAGCCUUCAUUCAAUGAAACAUUUAGAUUUAGCUUGAGUCCUGCUGGACAUUCUCUUCAGAUUCUGCUUGUCUCCAAUGGAGGAAAGUUUAUGAAAAAAACACUGAUUGGGGAAGCUUAUAUCUGGCUUGACAAAGUGGAUCUAAGGAAAAGAAUAGUAAACUGGCACAAACUGUUAGUCAGUUCUACACAAACACACUGAGCAGAGAUGUCUGCUUAGGGCACAAAAGAGUCUGCUAUAAACAGCAUAAGUUCAAGACUAUCGUUUGAAAUCAUUGUGUUUAAGCUAGUCUUUCUGAAUACAAAGUAGAAAAGAGCAGUCUCUGGGCUACAUAGCACACUUAAAUGAGGGCUAGUACACUUGUUUUGCUGCAAAAGACAGCAAAGUAAAAACAAACAAACAAACAAAAAAACAGAAAACAACAACAACAACAACAAACAAACAACCUAGGCCCAGAUGUUAAAGUGAGGCUGUUUGAAAUGGAGACUGCUAUGAGGGCUCCAUGUUGAUGGACUCUGUGAAGAGAGUAACUGUGAAGGAAAUAAUGAAGUCUGGAAGGCAGGUGUUAAUGCAUAGUUUGGCUGCAGCUGGAGGCAGUGUGAUGUAAAGUGCAGUCUGGUUUCCUGUGUGACCAGAAGGAGAUCAUUUUUAUGCAAAAGCACCAAGGGUGACUGACUUUCCAAAUCUCACUUAUUGGAAGUGCAAACUUGUUCCUCUGUACCCUAGGAACUCUGAUAAUUUGUUGUAGUGAUAUUAUGCCACUUGACACAAACUGCAAGGCAUUUGCAAGAGUGGUAAUGUUAUUUUACAUUACUUUUUUCCUUCUUUCUUUUCCCUUUAAAAACUAUGUUGUGGUGAAUCAGACCUAACUGUUUUGUUCGUGUGUGUUAACAGUGGAUAUAAACCACUGUCCUAGAAUGUAAUGGAUAAAAUAUACUAAUGAUUUGUAGUUUAGGAUGUGGUUUUGAAAUGAAAAGACAGUAUGUAAAAUGUAAAAUGUGGAAGAAAGAAUGAUGUUUCAAUUUCACUGAAACUGUACUUCACCCUACUUUUUAGCAGCUUUAACAAAAUUUGCAAUAGAGGAGACAUAAGCACUGGGACUAGCACAACUAUUUCAGCUAGUUCUUCUAUUUUUCAAUAAUCAAUCUCAUUCCAAAACUGUACAGAGAUGACAAACUGUAGACUAUCCUGUGAGCAUUUCGGAGCAGCAGACCCAUAGUGCUACCACCAUGCUGCUCAGUGCAGGGCUUGUUGUCAACAUCACCUGAAAACUAAAGAGAAGAGAUACCAGGACAGCGCCUGCCUGAGGGCUGUUGCAUUUAAGUUGAGAAUAUAUCCUCUUCCUGUCUCAGCUGAAUGUCUGAGUACUGUGUUAUGAAAGAAGUAAAUAGGAAGGCAACUCGCAACACUUAAGACUGUCAACAAUUCAGGGACUGCAAUUGAGUAGUUAGCUCACUUUGGGCAGCAACUAUUACAUAAGAUGGUUUAGGCUAGGCUGUCUCCUCUUAGUAUUUGUGAAGAAAAAAUAAGAGCUUUUAAGGAAAGCAGUUCCUUUAAAAACAAGAGUCAACAUCGUACUAACUCUCCUGUUCCUCAGAAGCCAGUUAAUAUUUCACAGUUUCAUUGGAAAGUGGUUUCACCUGAAAUAUUACCUCAUGACCUUUACAUACUUAAAGAGAAAAUGAUCUUAUUUGUGCACUUCAGACUUUUAUUUUUCUUGACCAAUAAGGACUUUUCAACAACCAUAUAAUGUGUGUGUUUUCAUCUGUUUCCCAAAGAUAUUUUUAUGUUGCACACUUCCACAGGUUGUACAAGACCAGAUGAAAAUAUUAUUUUUGACAAUAGCACAUACCUUUUUUUUUUUUUUUUUUUUAAAUAAAUGGAAAAAUAAAGCUUGGCUCAUUCUGAAUUUGAACUGACCAUUAUAAAACUACACUCCAACUAAUCCAGUGACAUUUCCCAUACAGAGUUUUUGAUUUAUCUUUACCAACUUAAAAUAGCAGUACGGAAAAGAAAUAUGACAAGAAAUACACAGAAAAUAUUAAAGAUAUAUGCAGCAGAGAAACUCCCAUUAAGCUGUUGAUAAACCUGCUGGUAGCCUGCUUGACUUGCAAGCAGAGCAGUCUUAUCUAAAUCCUAUCUGUUAAACACAGUGCCACUGACAGUGGAAGUAGGGGGUGUGCUUUAAUGUUGAAUUUUAUGCUUUCACCAGUAUGUGUACCUCACCCCUCUUACAUUUUAAAGUCCUCUAGAGUCACUGUAAACAUCCUAUAUGUUUUGAUGUUAUGUAUGUUUUAAUAAGUGGAUAAAUAUUUCAAAGAAAAAGACCCCUUUCAAACAAACAAAAAUUGUAUGUGGAUAUAUUUGACAUGUGUGUUUUUCUCCUUUGGUGGGUAAUCUUGCAUUCCUGAUGGCUACGCUGUGGUUGAGUAGUUUUUCUUU